AUGGAUAAGUUUCUUACUCCAACUUCCACCCAAUUAGGUGAAGUGCUUGAUACCACAAAUACUACCCCAAACACCACCACGAACAUUACCCCAAACACCACCACAAACACAACUCCUAUUGAGCUUAAGUCACCCAAAAAAGAAGGCAGUGAUGAACCAACCAAAUCUAGGAAAAAGCCAACUAGGAACUCUACUGUUUGGGAUCACUUUACAAAAGUGAAGGAUGGGAAUCCUAAAGACCCUAGAUGCACUUGUAAUUAUUGUGGGAAAGAUUAUGCUUGUGAUAGUAGGAGAUUUGGGACAAGUAGUUUGUGGGUCCAUUUAAACAACCAAUGCAAGAAGUAUCCAUAUAGGGUAGCUGAUAUAAAACAAAAAUUGCUUUCAUUUCAAAGUGCUAAUGAUGGAGAGGAAAAUUUGUUGGCUGUGACAUUUAAUAAGGAGAGAUGUCGAAAAGCCUUAGCUCAGUUUGUGGUGAAGGAUGAGCAAGCAUUUAAUGUAGUAGAACGUAAAGGUUUUAGGGAGUUUGUUCAGGAGUUGCAACCCAAGUUUCUUGUCCCUAGUAGAAUGAUUGUUACUAGGGAUAUCUACCAGUUGUUUUGUGAUGAGAGGGUUAAGUUGAAGAAGGAGUUAACCAAGGGAGUAGAAAAGAUUUUUGUUGUGACUGUUGAUAAUGCAUCAGCUAAUGAUGUAGCUGUUGGUUAUGUAAAGAGGAAGGUUAAUGCAUGGAAUGGGUCUGUUCUUGAUGGUGAGUUUAUGCAUUUGAGGUGCGGUGCUCACAUAAUAAAUCUAAUGGUGAAUGAGGGGUUGAAAGACAUGCAUGAUUCAAUUGCUGCCAUUCACAAUUGUGUGAGAUAUAUUCGGUCAUCUACUGCAAGAUUGCAGAAAUUUAAAGCUUGUGUGGAAAGGGAAAGAAUUGAUUACAAGGGGUGGCUGGUUUUAGAUGUCCCUACAAGGUGGAAUUCCACUUUUAUGAUGUUAAAUGUGGCUCUUAAAUUUGAAAAAGCUUUUGCAAGGUAUGAAGAGGAAGAUGAUAAAUUUUUAAGUUUCUUCAUGGAAAAUGAAAAUGGGAAGAAAAGGAUUGGACCACCUAGUUCUAGUGAUUGGGAGAGUGCUAUGAUUUUUGUUAAAUUUCUUUCCACUUUGUAUGAAGUUACUCUAAAAUUUAGUGGCACCUUGCAUGUAACUUCCAACAGCUUCUACCAUGAGAUUUGUGAGAUUCACACUCAAUUGAGUGAUUUGGCUGCUAGUAGUGAUCCUUUGUUAUCGACCAUGGCUGCUAGUAUGAAAAAGAAAUAUGACAAAUAUUGGGGCAAUUCAGAGAACAUCAAUCCUUUGUUGUUUUUGGCUGUUGUGCUUGAUCCAAGGUAUAAGUUGAAGUAUUUGAAGUAUUGUUUUGAGACUGUUUAUGAUGCUGAAACCGUUGCUAAGAUUGUUGUCAAGGUGGAACAAAUCCUUCAACGAUUGUACAAUUGUUAUAAUGUUGAGGGUGAGAGUGAUGGUGAUAAGGUUAGCAAAAGUGACUCACCACCAAAGAGCGAUGGCAAAGAAACUCAUAGGAGGGGAUUAUUGGAAAAUUAUUUGCAACAACAAUAA